CUCUAUUCUUGAAUGCGACUGCUAUUUCAAUCUUGUCGGGUCUCUUUUUAACAUGUAGUUUUAAUGAGUCUUUUUUCUCUAUUACCUCCAAUGUUCUCGCCCAUAUAAAAUUUCAUAAUUGCUAUGCUGCCAGGUUCUAUUUCGAAGCGUCAAUGGCAUCGGACGAACUCGAUAUGUCCAAGUCCAACCCUAACAGGCUGUCACUUCAGCAGCCAAGUCUUCCCUGGCGAAUGAGUUCUUCCCUCGCUAUGGGGUUGACUGCGGCCCUUUCCAGAGGCUUUCUGUACGGCUUAAACUCAGUUGAAGUAGUUGGUUUAGACCGGUUUUUAGAGCUUUUAGAUAAAAGGAAGGAUGUUGAGAACCGACAGAGGGGUCUUAUUACGGUCUCAAACCACAUCAGUGUACUUGAUGAUCCUGUCAUAUGGGGAGUUCUACCACUCCGGUACGCCUUUAACCCGUCUAACCAUAGAUGGGGCUUAGGAGCCCACGACAUAUGCUUUAAGAACAAGCUUAUUGGAUCGUACUUCUACGCGGGCCAAGUCCUGCCAACCCACAGGUCACAACACUCGCCUCACGGCGGGCUCUUCCAGCCCACAAUCCCACAAGCGAUCCGGCUACUCUCCUCCCCACCCUUCCCCACCCCGCUCUCAGAAGCAUCAGGAGGACGCCACGACGAUAACGACGAUGUGUCUGACCCGUUUAGCGCGGGCGAACUGACGUUCACGACGACGGGGACGGACCGGUACGUCGCGCCGUCGACGUACGCGCGGAACCGGCACAGCUGGGUGCACGUGUUCCCCGAGGCGUGCGUGCACCAGCACCCGCGCAUGCUCCUGCGCUACUUCAAGUGGGGCGUCUCCCGCCUCAUCCUCGAGAGCGAGCCCAUGCCCGACGUCGUGCCCAUGUUCGUCGACGGCACCCAGCGCAUCAUGUCCGAGGACCGCACCUUCCCGCGCUUCCUCCCCCGCUUCCCCGUCAAGUUCCGCGUCGCGUUCGGCGAGCUCCUCGACGCCGAGAAGACCUUUGGUGAUUUGAGAGCGAGGUGGCGCGAUCUUGUGCGCAGGGAUGGCGGGAGGUUGGCUAUGGGGGAGUUGACGGAUGAGCUGAAGUACGGCAAGGAGGCGGUGGAUUUGCGGAUCGAGGUUGCGAGGAGGGUCCGUGAGGAGGUGCUGAAGGUGAGACGGACCUUGGGGUAUCCGGAUGAUGACGAGCCUGGGUUCGAGCUCGCGGAGACGUGGGCGAGGGAGCCGAGUAAGGACCGGUUUAAGAGUAAUGUUGAUGAUAGCUUGGUUAAUAAGAGGGAAUAAAGACUUGUAUCGACAAUUGUAUAGAUUUUGUGAUUUAUGGAGCUGACUAGGCUCUUUUCAAGAAUUACUUCUGUAGGUAUGGACCACGACCGUAGCCGUUUAGGUAUAGCAUAGCCUUUUUGAAUAUGCAGAUCAACCAUGAAGUAUGAA